AUGGCGGAUGGUUCAAAGCAUGGUUCCACUAACGGAGGAGGAGGAGGAGGAGGCAAUCUAGUAAUAGAAAUCAAGCACGGUUUCUAUCUUUUAAGGGCGAAAAGAACUGCCGCCGCCUUCGCUUAUGGCUUCAUUUUUAUUUUCAUCGCCUUCACCGUUUUCCUAGGUUUCAAUCCAUCUACAAACUCAUCAUCGCCUUCGUCAUGGUUCGACGAUGAUAACUUCUCCGAUACAUAUUCUGAUGACGACGACUCGUAUAGAUCUCCCUAUUCCUCUAUUUUCUCUAAUUACUUUUCACCUAAUUCUUCUAAUUCCCAACAUGAACAAUAUUACCAUGAUAAUAACGAUAUUAUCACUAGAUCUGAUCAGAACAAUAGCAGAAUUCAGUCGCCGGAGCCGAUAAACCAGCCGGCAAAUAAGAAGAAGAAGAAGGUUAAUUCGGUACUGGAAUCGUUGUUGGGAUGUGAUAUGUUUGAUGGAGAGUGGGUUAAAGAUGAAUCAUAUCCUCUUUAUAAACCCGGUUCUUGUUCAUUGAUUGACGAACAAUUCAACUGUUUCUUAAACGGUCGGCCGGAUAAUGGUUACCAGAAACUCAAAUGGAAACCUAGAGGCUGCACUAUUCCGAGGUUAAAUGGUACACAUAUGUUGGAAUUGUUGAGAGGAAAAAGACUGGUUUAUGUUGGUGAUUCUCUGAAUAGAAAUAUGUGGGAAUCUCUUGUCUGCACACUUAGAAGCUCUAUAAAGAAUCAAAAGAAUGUGUAUGAAGCUUAUGGAAGAUAUCAAUUCAGAACUGAAGCAUCAUAUUCUUUUGUGUUCAAGGAUUAUAACUGCACGGUUGAGUUCUUUGUUGCGCCAUUUUUGGUACAAGAGUGGGAAUUUUCAGAGAAAAAUGGAUCGAAAAAGGAAACACUUAGACUUGACAUAAUUGGAAGAUCGGCUGAUGGGUAUAAGAGUGCGAAUAUCAUAGUUUUUAACACUGGGCAUUGGUGGACUCAUGACAAGACCUCAAAAGGGAAAGAUUACUAUCAAGAAGGAAGCCAUGUUUAUGGUGAAUUAAAUGUUCUUGAGGCAUUCAGGAAAGCUCUGACCACUUGGGGAAGAUGGGUUGAUGCAAACGUUGAUCCUAAAAAGACUCUUGUCUUUUUCAGAGGUUAUUCGGAGUCUCAUUUCAGCGGUGGACAGUGGAAUUCUGGGGGACAAUGCAACAAUGAAACGGAACCCAUAAAAGAGAAGAGUUAUCUAAGGGAAUACCCAGAAAAGAUGAUUACUCUUGAAAGGGUACUUCGAGGAAUGAAGUUCCCUGUAUCGUAUCUGAACAUAACGAAGCUGACUGAUUAUCGUAAAGACGCUCAUCCGUCGGUCUUCAGGAAGUUGAACUUAACCGAGGAAGAGAGAAAAUCGCCUUUGAUGGUCCAGGAUUGUAGCCAUUGGUGCCUUCCUGGUGUACCUGAUGCUUGGAAUGAGCUCCUCUAUGCACAACUUUUGAUCAGAAAUCACCUACAAAAACCACAUUCCUGA